AUGAUCGGUGGGCUCUUGAAUGCUACGUUCGGCAACGCCGUCGAGAUGAUCGUGACGGUCAACGCCAUCAAGGCUGGCCUCGUCAACGUGGUGCAGGGGAGCCUGUUAGGAUCCAUUCUCUCCAACAUGCUCCUGGUGCUUGGCAUGUCCUUCUUCGCAGCGGGCGUGGUGGAGAAAGAGAGUCGAUUCAGUGCCAAGGGCGCAUCCGCUAACAUGACAUGCCUCACGCUAGGGUCCAUUGCCCUGGCAUUGCCAACAAUCUACAACUGCAUGGAGAACACCUCGACAGAGGAUGUGCUUAGCAUCUCACGAAUCUCUUCCGCAGUCAUUGCGGGUGUCUAUGUGUUGUUUCUGAUCUUUCAACUGCUCACACAUGCGCACCUCUUUGCUUCGGAGGGUGAGGAGGAGGAGGAAGUCUCCAUCUCCGCCUGUUCCUCCAUUCUCCUCCUGCUUUUCGCCACGCUUUGCGUGGCAGUGUGCUCCGAGUUUCUGGUGGAUUCCAUCGAGGGCGUAACGGAGGAGUAUGGCCUCCCAGGAGCAUUCAUCGGUGUGAUCCUUCUGCCAAUCGUGGGCAAUGCCGCGGAGCAUGCAACGGCAGUGACCGUCGCGGCCAAGGGCAAGAUGGACCUUGCGUUGGGGGUCGCCGUGGGGUCGUCUACGCAGAUCGCACUGCUCGUGGUUCCUUUCUCGGUGAUCGUCGGUUGGGCCUUCGACGUGCCGAUGUCGUUGGAUUUCCGAAUCUUCGACACCACAGCGACUUGA